GAGUGAUGAAGCAUGAGGGAUUAUCCAGCACUUUGCUCAUCUGUCUGUGGAUGCUGUUGCUCCUUAUGCAUAGACAGAGAUGCAGACUGUUGGGAAGUUGCAAAACAACGUUGGCCUGGAGAUGAAUUGAAGAAACAAGGAGGAAAAGCUGAAGUCUGCCCAAGCCAGGUGUUUCUUGUUGGCAGCCUGCUCCCUAAUGACUCUGGCUCUCAUACAGCAGCUGCCUGCUAGUCUCCUUUGUAUGGCCUAUUGUUGUUGCACACCCCUCGUUAAUACACAUGCUGCCCAGGGCAGACCCUGAGAAUGACAUCAACUUGCUUAUCUUAGAAACCUACAAACCUGACACAGGGUAUGGAGGUUGCCUUGCAUCUGCCUGGCCAACUAAUUGUGAGCUUUCUGGCCUCUGAUUGGCUGUUAUUCCACUCAGUAAUAGGUUAAGCAAAGACAUUGCCAUUCCAUCUGUUCAACCAUUCAUUGUUCUGCUUGCUUGCCUGAAGUCUGCAGCUGAAAUCGUGUUAAGGAGUUGCUUCUGGAACUGCAACAAGAAACCAAUGUCUGUGUGUUUUCCAGUUAAUGAAUACGGGACACUUUAUAUUCAGGAGUACAGGAAAAACAGCAAAGUGGAGUCGAGUACAUGCAGCAGCUUCAUGGGCUUGAAGGAUCACCUGGGGCAUGACCUAGGCCAUCUCUAUGUGGCGAACACUGACACACAAAUAAAUGCAAUUGUACCUUGGUCAAUGGUGGAGAAACCAACAAUGGAUAAAGUAAACUCCAGAAAGGAAGAUGCAGACAAGGAGGCAUCGAAAGAGACUGGAAGUUCCAGUUGUGAUUCAGAAGAGAGCACAAAUUCUGAUAAUGAAUCAGAAAGACUGAAUAAUACUGCAUCAGAAUCACGCUUGUUGCCGAAGACUCACCGACAGCUGUGCAGAUCUCCCUGCUUAGAGCCUCAUAUAUUAAAGCGUAAUGAAAUCCUGCAAGACUUUAAGCUUGAGGAGGCACAUAUAGUAUCUAAGGAAGUAAAGAAGCCCCCUGAUGUGAUGAAAGAAUAUCAAACCAAACUGGAGUUUGCACUUAAAUUAGGUUACUCUGAAGAACAGGUUCAACUUGUUCUAAGUAAACUUGGUACUGAUGCUUUAAUCAAUGAUAUUUUGGGAGAACUUGUCAAACUUGGAAAUAAAACUGAAACUGAUCAGACCGUAAGUAAUGUUAACACUAGUGUAAUGCGUGAAGCAUCUUCCAUAGAGUCUCAGAGGUCUGAGUCCCCACUUCAGGAGGAUGUGACAGAGGAUGGUGACAACCUGAGGCCAAUAGUAAUUGAUGGCAGCAACGUGGCAAUGAGCCAUGGCAACAAGGAAGUAUUUUCUUGUCGAGGAAUAAAAUUAGCUGUAGACUGGUUUUUGGAAAGAGGUCACAAAGAUGUUACAGUGUUUGUACCAGCCUGGAGGAAAGAACAGUCAAGACCAGAUGCCCUUAUCACAGAUCAGGAAAUCUUGCGUAAGUUAGAAAAGGAGAAAAUCUUGGUGUUCACACCGUCCCGCCGUGUGCAGGGGAGAAGGGUGGUAUGCUAUGACGACCGGUUCAUAGUGAAGCUGGCUUUUGAGUCAGAUGGUAUCAUUGUUUCUAAUGAUAACUACAGGGACCUAGCUAAUGAAAAACCAGAAUGGAAGAAGUUCAUAGAUGAACGUUUGCUGAUGUAUUCAUUUGUCAAUGACAAAUUCAUGCCUCCUGAUGAUCCUCUUGGCCGUCAUGGCCCAAGUUUGGACAAUUUUCUUAGGAAGAAACCAAUUGUUCCAGAACACAAGAAGCAACCAUGUCCAUAUGGAAAGAAAUGUACCUAUGGGCAUAAAUGCAAAUACUAUCAUCCAGAAAGAGGAAAUCAGCCUCAGCGGUCUGUAGCUGAUGAACUUCGUGCCAUGUCCAGAAGCACAGCUGCUAAAACUGCAAGUGAAGGAGGAUUGGUGAAAAGCAACAGUGUUCCAUGUAGCACUAAGAAUGAUGGCACUUCUGAUCUCAAACGUACUGCUCCAAAGAGGCAAUCAGAUCCUAGUAUAAGGACUCAAGUCUAUCAAGACUUGGAGGAAAAGCUUCCCACCAAAAACAAAUUGGAAACCAGGUCUGUACCUUCAUUAGUUACUAUACCGAAUUCUUCUGCUGCAAAACCCCAAAGUACUGCACCUUUAAGCAAUGGCCUUUCAUCCGGAGUUCAUUUCCCAUCUCAGGAUCAAAGACCGCAGGGACAGUACGCUCCAAUGAUGAUGGCAACCAAAAAUCAUGGAACGCCUAUGCCUUAUGAUCAGUAUCCAAAAUGUGAGUCUCCUGUGGAUGUAGGCUAUUACUCUAUGCUGAAUGCAUAUUCAAAUUUAAGCAUAUCUGGUCCACGAAGUCCUGAAAGGCGUUUUUCCUUAGAUACAGAUUAUAGAAUUAGCUCUGUAGCCUCCGACUGUAGCAGUGAAGGGAGUAUGAGCUGUGGUAGUAGCGAUUCCUACGUGGGUUACAACGAUCGGUCUUAUGUAAGUUCACCUGACCCACAACUGGAAGAAAACUUAAAGUGCCAACAUAUGCACCCACAUGGCCGCCUUAACUCACAGCCCUUUCUACAGAGCUACCAUGAUCCUUUAACACGAGUGCAGAGUUACAGUCAUGAAGAACCAAAGCAUCACCAAAAGCCUCCAAUUCCAUACAUGGCUGUACAUCUGCAGCACCCUGCAGUGGGUGCUCGUUCUAGUUGUCCUAAUGACUAUUCUGCUCCUCAGAGUUCACCACAUUCAAAGACCAUGCAUCUGGGGAGAGCCCUUGUGUCCACAAGAAUAGAAAGCAUCUCAGACUCACGCUUAUAUGAUAAUUCUCCACUAAGACAUAGGAAACCUUAUUCUGGCCAAGAUGGGCUUGGAAGUUGGGAUAGGCAGAGUUAUGGGAUUGAUGCAUAUGGCUAUCGCCAGACUUACUCCUUGCCUAGUAAUCCCACACAGCCAUGUUAUGAACAGUUUGCCUUCCAAAGCUUACCUGAGCAGCAAGAACAGACUUGGCGCAUACCUUACUGUGGAAUCCCUCAAGACCCUCCAAGGCAUCAAGACACCCGGGAGAAAGUUUAUAUAAAUCUGUGCAACAUCUUCCCCUCUGAUCUUGUGAGAAUUGUUAUGAAAAGGAACCCUCACAUGACAGAUGCUCAGCAACUUGCUGCAGCCAUUUUAGUGGAAAAAUCCCAGCUAGGUUAUUGACAGAUGAUGCAUCUUUGUGGUGUCUGGUAGUUUUCAGUUCAGCUCUAAUGCUGAGGGAGGUUUGCUACAAUAGCAUUUGUGAUCUCCUUCUCAGCAAGGAGGUUAUAUAGUAAUCCAUUUAUGUGAAAUACUGUAUCAUGGAAUCUGUAUGUAUAGCCCCAUGCACUGGAAAUAACAGAUUUGUUUUACACUCUAAUUUGAAAGCUUUUAAAUGGCUAUAUUCAUGGCUGAAAAUCUUUCCAGCUUAAGUUAAUAUAUAUAUAUUAUCUCUGGUCUCUGGUAAUAGUCUUUGGUGCAUCAGGGGUUUAUAUGCAGCACUUUCUAUGCUUAUUACAUGUUUGUUUUUGUUUUUGUUUUUUUUAACUUCCUGUAUGUUUGUCCUUCAGCUAUGAGGCAUUAAAGCAAGCUGCAGAAAGUCAAAAGGAUUUUAAUAGACAUGGGAAACAAUUUUCAAGCCAAGCUUAAUUUGAAGUUUUUAUCCCAAUUGAGAUUGUGGAUGGGGUGUUUGCUUGUUUUGUUUUUUGUUUUGGUGGGCUUCUUUAUGCUAUAAUCACCUAUUUAUAGAAAACAAAGAUUUACUACAGCACUGACUUUAUUUUUUAAUAAGUUAAGUUACCAGUUAAUGUUGAAAUGGGUAACAAUAUAUUAGUAAUUUAUAGGAUGGCACUUUUUUCAUUGCUUUUAAAAAAAAUAGUUACAUGAUUUGUUGAUGCAGUUGAUUAAGUAAGAGCAAAUGCAAUCAGAGGAAAGCAACUCAUGUCCAUUGUUUUAUGGAUAAGGCAAAAGCCUGAUGGCCUAGUUGUCAAAGAGGCUGAGCAUAUGGAACUCCUUUAGACGCCAAAAGAAGUUGCAGAUGCUCAGAAUGUCCUAAAAUAGGCCACUAAUGUUUCCGUUCACAUGCAUUGUGAUCCAGGUCUUGUGUUUUUCUGCUCAGUAGAAAUGGAACUGAGACCUCAGGAUUCCAUUCAGUUGUUUUGUGUCCUUUUCCCCUUUGUAUUGGUGCACAAGUAUACUGGAUAAAACAUGUUUUUUCAUAAAAUAUUGACCUGUUUUUAAAAUGAAUCUAAUUAUUCUCAAUGCAAGUUUUGUAUUUAAGAUACUGUUAGAUUUUCUCACUGUUUAUCAAGGCUGGCCCGAGAAAGUUUCGUGUGUUGAGGAUAUGCAACUUUAUUAACUGCACUAUGGUAAUGAUAUUGUAGCUGAAAAUAAUAACUUAAAAACUUUUUUGUAAAAUACUGUAUAUGUUCCUGAAAUUAGAUUUUGGCCUGUUGUAUUAUGUAGGCCCAGUCUUGCCACAAAUAGUGUAGUUUAGAAAUGGACAAAAUAGUCUGUUCUAGCACUAGUAAGGGAUAUUUCUGGUUUUAAGUCAUGGGUUUUACUAGCAUCUCUCACACUUUUUAUAUAUAUAAAAAAGGAGAUUUUGCAAAUGAUGACAGUUCUGUUUACAUUCUUGUAGUCAGUUUCCUAUCAUUUUAGGUUUCCCUCCAGCUUAAUGUUGUUCAAUGUUAAAAUUUUACUAGUUUACAAAUCACUGCUAAUAAUUUUGGUACAAUUGCUGCAAUUUAAAGUAAGGCCCUGAAGAACCAGAAAGUACCUUUUACUGUUGAUACAAAUUGUAUCUUUUUAACUGAGAACUAUUUUGAUUUGUAGAUCUAAUGAAAACACAAAUGUGUAACUAUGAUUAGACUUUUGGGCAACAUUUUAUCCCUUAUUUGACAUAAUAGAUUUCAUCUCUAUACUAGGAUUAGACAAAUAAAAAUACAGCUAUUUAUUUAGGUAAGCGUCUGUCUCAGUUUCAUAUAUUAUAUUUAAAAAAAACUAUUGGCAUUUUCUUCCUUCUAAACUAACUGUACCUAGUGUAAACAUACUAAAAAUAAAGGUAAAAUGCUGCCUGAAAUGAACGUCCGAGCACCUUUGAAUAGGAAAACAUUUCACUACUUGUGCAACACUGUGUGUUGCGAGAAGUAGGAUUUGGGUACACAGUAAAUGCUUCUAAAAAGCAUUGUGCUUAUAGACAUAGCCAAUAAUCUGAACCGUGUUCAGCAAACUUAAUUCAGGAAGUGUUCUUCUACACAGCUUUUACUGUUGGUUUGAUCUGGGAUCUUCAUUCAUCUGUCCUUUGUACCAAUUACAGGAGGUGUUGUACGUAAGCUGUCUUGGGUUGUCUGGUUAGAGAGAGAGAACCUGUUCACCUGUGACUACCAUUUUCCUUGAUUUUGUCAGCCAUUCUUCCUAGAAUGUGUUUUAAUGUACAGGACGAUACAUUGCUGACACUGAGUCUAAAAACAGUAAAUGAUCUUAGUUAUACUUUUUUAAUUGAAUUACACUUGCAUACUACACCAUAGUGUAGGUGCAGCCAUUUUAGUAUUGCAAUGAUUAUAGUAGUGUUUUGUUUUUAAUGAGUUUCUACAUUUAUUUUUUAUGUCAGAAUUGACUUCUGCAAAAACUUGAGUACUUUUAAAUAUGAGCAGAUAUAGUGUGUGUGCAUGUGUGUGUGUGUACACAUAUCCUAUACACACACACAUAUAUAUGUAACAGAAACAUUUCAUCUUUUGAGCAUCAGAUUAUGUCCUAAUAUAUACAUGUAGUAGUUUGGCUUAUAGUGUUAAAUCAUUAGGCGUGGCUUCCUGUGAGAGGUAUCACAUGGGACUGCAUGCUGCAGUGCACAGAUAUGAGCUAUCAGCAGUGAAUGCUUUCUUGUAUAUUUAAUCAUUUAGAAUAAGUUAAUUGCUAGAAUUUUAACAAUGUGUCCAACUAUGUGCUUUGUACUACAGCACUAAAACGCUUUACAAAAUGGUAGUUGAGAAGUUACUUGGCAACUGUUUUAAUAUUGUGCAAUGAUAUUCUAGUUCAAUUCAAACUUGGUUAUGUUGUAUGAAGAAAAGGGUACUGCUGACAAAACAUUAGGUCUUUGGUAUUUCCUUCUUUGUUGCAAGCAACAGAGAAGGUAAGCAGUACCUUGUAAAUUCUUCCAAGUAGAAGAGAUCAGGCUAGAUAUGUAAUAGCUAAAAGAUGACACCAGUAUUAAGCAAGAAAUGGUAAUACUGGGGACUUGACAUUGUUUUAUGUAAGAUAAAUUAAUAUAACUGCAAAGUAAUGUGAUUUAUAUUUUAAAAAGUAAAAAAGCCUGGGCUAAGGAUUUUCCCUUUGCUCUAAUCAAGUAUUAUGGCUUUCAGUCCUGGAUAAAGCAGCUCCAGAAAAUGGAGGCUUCCACCAUUACUGAAAAGAGGGUAACAUGUCUCCUUGCCUUCAGUAUUUGAAAUACAGUAUACAAUACUGUUAUUGGGUGUAUACCCAAUAACACCCAAAGUGUUAUUGGGUAUACAAGUAAUAGUUUGUAAAUAUACAGUACUUUUACCCGUCUGUAUUUUCAUAGUAUUUCCAUUUGUGGCUGUUUUGUAUAACUAGCUUCACUGUCAUAUAAAGUUUUUAAUUAAGAUCACGGGUAGGCAACCCCCAGCAUGGGUGCCAGAGUGUGGCAUGCAGAGGCAUUUUCCUUGGCAUGCGUGCCUCAGGGUGGACAGUGGGAAAGGGGCCGGGGCUGCACUGCCACAACAAAGAUCAGGUCCUUCAGGGCUCUCCCACCAUCCUCCCCCGCAAGCCAACAUCUUACAAGUCGAGAUUGCGUGUGUUUUUGAUAUUCUGCCCAAAAGCAUUGCUGACCCCUGCUCUAGAUACUCUUUUAAAUGAUCUUAACAUGGAAAGGCAUUUUUUUCCUGAUACAACAUCACUGAUUUGAGUGUAAUUACACCAGGACUGAAUUUGGCCCAUAUUUUAUAACAAAGUUGUGAUGGUAUUAACCACUGCUUUGUCUUUAGAAAUGUCUUCCUUUUAUCCUUGAAUCCAGUUGUCAACUGCAGCUAAUAUUAUGAGGUAAGAUCUUUUCUUGUCAAGUAACCUUUUUUAUUCAGUAUGGCUGAAUAUAACAUUCCCCAACUAGCUAUUGGAAUAGCAAAACUAUAAACGCAAUAUUGAAGCAUGCAAGAGGUGGUCUAGAUCUAGAGAUGCUAUUGGGUGACACACUGAAAGCUGAAAGGGUUGGCUGUUUAGGUUGGUGACAAAUGAAUUAAACUGAAAGGAGGAGAGGUGAGUUUGGCAGUAGAGGCAAAAGGAAAAUACCACUGGCAAAAACAAAUAUGUUGAUGAAACCAAAAGCACCUUGUGUUUGUCAAAACGAAAAGCCUGUGGCUUUGUGUCAGGAAAGUAGAUAACUUUGACUAGGAAGGUUAGAUAUGAAGUUUUUUUUUAAAGCCCCCAUGGUGACCACACUAAGAAGUUACCAAAACGUUCAUCCAUUAAGCAUUUGAACAAGGUAUUCUUGAUUUGUUAAGAUUGAAAUACUAGACACACUGCUAUCAUCAUAUCCCGAAUGUUGAGAAAAAUAUCCAGUUGACUUACCUUGCUACUGGACACUUAUAAUACUGUGCAAUUAAAAAUAUUUUAAAAUAAAAGUAGGUUAGGAAUUAUUUAUUUUUAUUUACAGUUACUCAUGUUAAUUUAUUCCUAUAAUUUAUACCUUUAUAUCUAAGUUUUAAUUAUUAUUGAAGAAAAACAUCAAAACAAAGCAAAUAACUGAUUAAAGCUAGAAUGUUGGUCUUGUUUUGUUGUUUAAGGGCUAGGGUUUCAUAACCAAGCCAGAUCUCAUAUUUUCUAUCCAUUAUAAACAUAUCAAGAAGUUUGGAAGUCACUGGAGAAUUUUAUUUGGACUGUAUAAAAAUCGAUAUACGUAUUGUUUUACUUGAACAUGCAGAUAGUCCAGAUUCAUUUUGAAUGACCAUUCUAACUGACCUAGAUAGCAAUGGUUAUACUCUAGAUUUCAUGCCCAGGAAUUCAGAGUAAAUUUAAUUUUGUAGUUUUCUUAAGACUUCAUUAGCGACUGAUGUGUCAGUCGUCUAAUCAUGCAUAUCAGGGCUGUCCAAAUUCUAAGCCCAUUCUGCACUAUACUGGCUGCCUCAGACACACCAUGGAAAUUAUUUCCCUCCAACGGCUGCAGUGUGUCCCCUUUCUCACCCUCAGUCCCACGCUCACCCUCAAAUCCCUCUUCUGUGCAGCAAAGGCAGAGGAAGGAGGUGAGAGCCUGGAGACUUGCACUCAGCUGAGUGAGCGCCCAGGGCUGUGCAUUAACUCCUCAUGGGCCACAUGCAACCUAUAGACUGCCAGUAGGACAGCCCGGAUGUAUAUCUCGACCUGGAUAGCUGAUUGAUGUAUAUCUCUGCACUCUGUGCACAUGAGAAUCAUACUACUGUAUGUAUGUUUUUGCAGUCUAUUAAAAUUAUUACAUUUUCUGUAUAAAAAUGGUAUAGUUGUAUAUAAAGGCUGCUAUCAAAUUAGAGUUAAUUCAAUCAGUAGCUAAUAGUGCUGUAUAACUAGUUGGGCUGGCUGCAAAUUUAAGUUCUUAAAAAGUGGUCAUAAUUUUUAUAAUUGUAUGCUUCUGUGUCUAACUGAUAGCAUUGUAAGUUAAAGUGAUUGUAAUGGCCUCUCUAGAGUAUGAAAAGCUUGGACUUCCUUCUCAAGAGAUCUUUUAUUUCUCAUUCAGAAUGUGGUGGCAUCAUGUGAAGUGCCAAUCCUAGAAAUACUUACACAUACUUCUAACUUGAAGCCCAGGAAUAAUCCCGAUGGCUUGACUUCAGUGGAAUUACACAGAGGUACAAAAUUAGACACAUGCAUACUUUUUUGCAGAAUCAGGGCUCAAGUUUGUUUCUGUUUUGAAAUGGAGAUGGGUGAAGUUUGCAGUAUGUAGGUUCAAAUCCCCUACUUCAGCAAAUAGGUAAAACUGCAUUAACAUUAACUGCAGCAGUGAAUUUUACCACUCUGUUCCUGAUCACUUGAACAUACACAAAUAUUUAUAUUGAACAACUUGUCCAAAUUCUUAUUCACACCUUUCAAAUGCAUAGCGAUCUUGGUUUCAUUUUGCAAAGCAAAACUUGUCCAUCUUUUGUAAGGCAAUUUUUUUGUCUCAGCUGAUAAAGUUAACAUGGCAUAGGGUUUGUUUGUUUUUUAAUUUUCUGGGCAGGAUCACAUUUUUAAACACAUUUGAACAACAAAAAAAUAUAUACUUCACACAAAAAUGCAGGGAACUUAGCAGCAUAAAUCAUAUUUUGUGUUUCAUUCCCUCCCCAUAUAUUCUCUCUGGAACUUGUAUCAAUUAGUUGGGAUUUUAGCGUUUGUCCUGAAGAAAAAGAUAGGGUCAGUGAACUUUGGGACAACUUAAUGAACUAAUUGUUAAACUUCCUCUCAAUUCCGUCACUGGCUGUUUUGUACUACUGUGAUGUGACUGUUCACAUCUGUUAACAAUAUUUUAGACCUCAUGAAAACCAUUGCAAAACAUGUACAUGAAUUCUGCUUUUAGAGAAAA